AUUUAUUUUCAGAAGAUGUCUGGGUUGAGCAUGCGUAACCCAGAGCGUCGGAUUGAAACAAAUCCAUUCGACGUAGACGCGUGGAAUUUACUGCUCCGAGAACAUCAGUCACGACCGAUUGACCAAGAACGAGAUUUUUACGAAAGUCUUGUAAAACAAUUUCCUAACUCCGGACGGUACUGGAAAGCUUACAUCGAGCACGAGCUUCGUUCCAAAAAUUUCGAAAAUGUGGAGAAGUUAUUCAGUAGAUGUCUUGUGUCUGUUCUCAACAUAGAUCUGUGGAAAUGCUAUAUUCAUUACGUAUUCGAAACGAAAGGACAGAGGGAUCAAUAUCGUGAAGAAAUGGCUAAAGCUUACGAUUUCGCACUAGAAAAAGUUGGAAUGGAUGUCCAGGCUUACUCAAUCUUCACAGAAUACAUAGCAUUUUUGAAGAAAGUGCCGGCAGUUGGACAGUAUGCAGAAAAUCAGCGAAUCACAGCAGUUCGAAAAAUUUAUCAGAAAGCCUUGGCAACUCCCAUGCACAAUCUAGAAUUGAUUUGGAAUGACUAUUGCACUUACGAGAAGGCGAUCAAUAUUACAUUAGCAGAAAAACUGAUCGCUGAACGAGGAAAAGAAUAUCAGAAUGCUCGAAGAGUUGAAAAAGAUUUACAACAAAUGACACGAGGAUUGAAUCGGCAAGCGGUUUCAGUGCCACCUAAAGGAACCGCCACAGAAUUCAAACAAGUUGAGUUAUGGAAAAAUUUGAUUGCAUGGGAGAAAACGAAUCCUUUACAAACCGAAGAAUACGGGCAACAUGCGAGGAGAGUUGUGUAUACUUACGAACAAUCACUUCUCUGCUUGGGUUACUACCCAGAUAUUUGGUAUGAGGCAGCAAUGUUCUUACAAGAAGCUAGUCAUACAUUGGAUGAGAAGGGAGAUGUUAAGAUGGCACAAGUGUUGAAAUUGGAAACAAUUAGUCUCUAUGAGCGAGCAAUUACUGGAUUGAUGAAAGAAUCGAAGCUUCUAUAUUUUGCAUACGCCGAUUUCCAAGAAGAGCACAAACAAUUUGAAGCAGUCAAGAACAUUUAUGAUAGAUUGUUAGGAAUUGAACAUAUCAAUCCAACAUUAACUUAUGUGCAAUUAAUGAGAUUUAUCAGAAGGUCUGAGGGACCUAAUAACGCUCGACUGGUUUUCAAAAGGGCACGAGAGGAUAAACGAACAGGAUAUCAAGUAUUUGUAGCUGCUGCAUUGUUGGAAUACAAUUGUAUGAAGGAUAAAGAAGUUGCCAUCCGAGUAUUCAAAUUAGGAUUGAAGAAAUAUGAAAAUGAGCCAGAAUUCGGUCUGGCCUACGCCGAUUUUUUGUCUAAUCUGAAUGAAGAUAACAACACGAGAGUAGUUUUCGAAAGGAUUUUGACAUCGUCAAAGCUCCCCGCCGACAAGUCCAUCCGGAUUUGGGAUCGAUUUUUGGACUUUGAAAGCUGUGUUGGUGAUCUUGCUUCUAUUCUCAAGGUUGAAAAGAGGCGAAAAACGGCAUACGAGGAAGCUCAAAAAGAUCAGACAAUGAACCAUUCUAUGCUUGUGAUUGAUAGAUAUAAGUUUAUGGAUCUAAUGCCGUGCAGUGGAGAGCAACUGAAACUUAUUGGAUAUAAUGCACUGAAGGGUACGGAAAGCAUCGCCGGACCAUCAUUCGUUGGUUCAAAGAAUGUUCCAACUCAUGGACCACAAGCAGCCAGUGCAAUUAUGGGUGGAGCUGGUGGACACGCAGACGUGGCACGAUACGGUUUCCCAAGACCCGACAUAUCACAAAUGAUUCCAUUCAAACCACGAGUCAAUUGUACGGCAUCGUUUCAUCCGGUACCUGGAGGCGUAUUUCCACCACCACAAUCAGUUGCACAUCUCAUGUCUCUUCUUCCUCCUCCAACUUGUUUUAUUGGACCAUUUAUCAAUGUGGAAUUGUUGUGCAAUAUGAUCAAUAAUAUGCAGCUUCCAAACGUUUCAUAUCCAAAGUCAGAGGACAAUAUGCUUGGCCCAAUGUUGGAACAAGACGUCAAAAAAGAUAUGUAUCAAUUGUUAGCAACAACGUCAGAUCCAUCAGCAGUCGUUCGUUCAUCAGCUCUGUCCGAUUUGAAACGAAAGCGCGGAGAUUCAGAUGAUGAGGAAGAUUAUAGUCAUUUGGGAGCUGUAAUAGGAUCUCUUGGCAGCAGGGAUGCCUACAAACGACGGAUGAAUAAGAAAAAUGAGUAGAUUGAUAGUAGAAAAUGCAUCUCUGUCGAUGAACUGUUAUUAUUUAUUUAUUCUUGUUGUUUUAUCUUCUUUUUCCUCAUUUGACCUUUUUCCUCAAUUUCCGAUCUUUUCCCAAUUUUCUUUCCAUUUCUAUUUAUUUUUAACAAUUUAAUUCGUUUGAUUUUCUUUUUUUACACUGAAUAAAUCUAAUCUGGUUCUC